ACACACGCGCAUUCCCCACCCCUCACCCACACAACACACGUAAAAUGGCGACUUGGAAUAAAUUCGAGAAGGAUCUGAAGCGGUUGAUACGCUGCGUCGGUCCGUUCCCCGCGGAGGAGGAGGAGGAGGAGAUGAUGAUGAAGAAGAAGAUGAUGAUGAAGGAGGAGGAGGAGGAGGAGGAGGCAGCAGAAGAGGCGGCGGCGAACUUCCAAAUGGCGCUGCAGUUCACCUGCUCCAACAUCAGGUUCCAUCGAUUUCUGGAUGUGGACAGCCACAAGAUACGACGGGCGAUCGAUGGCAUUCAUGAAAAGCUGACGAUUCAUUCUGACCUGCCUAAAGCUGCAAGCUGGAGAAGACUCACUGAGGAAUUUCUAAAUUCACCUCUAGAGAUUGUUGAAGGAACAAAGACCACGGCACACUAUGCUAUACUUUCCGUCUUGCUUGCUCUUUCCGAUUCACCGUCCAACUCUCAGUACACAGAGAAGCCUAGGCUGAAGGAAGAAGUAUCUUUGGGUGUGAACCUUGAUGGAGAACCUCGAGUGAGUGGUUUCACUGAAGCAGCAGUAAAAGAAGAUGAUUUUGACUGGGGCAAGUACUUGAUGGAAGGUGAAGAAAUUGACAUGGGGCCUUUCCCAGACACUCCAGAAUGGUCAGAAGACGAAAGUGAAGAGGAUCUCCAAGAAUCUUUGAGUAGAGAAGAUUCUGGUAUCCAGGUGGACCGAACGCCGCAGGAAGAACAAGCACAACUCAAGAAAGCAGUCACUCAAGUAUCCUGGAAAGUUGGUGAGCCAGAAGCACGUGCAUGGCUGGAGCAGCACGUGGUUCUCCAAUACUGGACAAACAAAGCUUCCCAAUUUAGUCACAGCUUUCACCUGCAUUCCAACUUAGCCGCCGUCUGGGAGCAGCAUCUAUACAAGACUGAGCCUCUGUAUUAUUCUGAGGAUCGCAUAUUUGUAACUGAAGCCCAGGUUAUACGAGAAACCCUGUGGUUGCUUUCAGGAGUUGAUAAGCUUUUCGUUUAUAUGUUGCACGAUGGAAAGGUGUCGGUGAGAAACAAUAUUAUGGUAACUCAUCUGACUCAUACUUGCUUGAAGGCUAUCUUAGAGCAAAUAGCAGCAUACGGCCAGGUGGUAUUUCGACUACAGAAGUUCAUCGAUGAGGAGAUUGGCCACAGUUCUGAAAGUUGUCUGUUUGGGUCUGUACCCAGUUCUAGAAAGUUUACUGAACCCCCUUUUAGGACUUACCAGUCGUUUGUGUGGGCCCUGCAUAAGUACUUCAUCAACUUCAAACAAGAACUAACCACCAUUGAAAAAUGCAUGAUAAAUAAAGAUGAGACCGUGACCUUGUCAGCAGUGCUUGAUAAACUGUCCCCACGGCUGUCUGAGCUAAAGCUGCUGCACAGAGUUUUUCGCACAGGAGUAGCAGAGGUUCCGCCUGAUACUCCAGAUGUCAUCAGGGCGUCCCAUCUGCUGAAUACACUGUACAAAGCCAUUAUUGAGUAUGACAGCGUUGGAGAAGCCACAGAGCACACAGUUUCGCUUCUCUUUUCUUUGUGGGUAGAAACAGUAAGACCAUAUUUAGAAAUUGUGGAUGAAUGGAUCGCUCACGGAAACCUGUUUGACCCUGCAAAAGAGUUCAUUAUCCAAAGAAACCAGGAUGUACCAGUGAACCACCGGGAUUUCUGGAAUUCUACGUGUACACUGUACAGCGUGUCGGAGAGGACUGGGAAUGAUGAGAGCAGUGGUGAUGGUGCCAGCGGCAGUGCCACCGAUAUCGAUCAAACAAACCCCAACAAACAGCACACAAUGGUCUCCUUUCUGAAGCCAGUGUUGAAGCAGAUCAUUAUGGCCGGCAAGUCCAUGCAGCUGCUUCAGAACCUGGAAAGCAAGAACAACCUGGGUCUCCCCCAGCAAACCUCCCACCGAGACGCGGAUAGAAAGAGCUUGUACACACUGUUCCUGGAGUCUCUCCAAUCGCGCCUUCAGUACGGAGAGGAGGAGACUCUGUGCUCCGAAAAUCAAGUUCCAGAGCAGCAGGCCACCAAACACAGCUUAAUAAAGCUGCAGUCUAUUGUGGCUCAACACCUUGAGCUCGACGAUGUUUAUGACCCUUUGUUAGCCAUAAAUUUUGCAAGAUUGUACAUGGAGCAAAGUGACUUCUACGAGAGAUUCAACAGUGGCGAUGUUAAUGUGGACCGGUCCUCUGAGUCUGUGACCUGCCAGACAUUUGAACUGACUCUUCGGUCCUGCUUGUAUCCUCAUAUUGAGAAACGUUACCUGGAGUGUUGUGGGAAACUCAUGCAAAUCCUGAAAACUGAUUAUAGGCUGGUGGAGCAUCUUCAGGCCAUGAGGAAUUUUUUCCUGCUGGAGGCUGGAGACACAAUGUACUUUUUUUACGUGGCUAUCUUCGACAAAUUAAAAGAGAAAGAAUCAUGGCAGCACUUGUCCUUUCUGAACGUCCGGUUACAGGAGGCAGUGGGACAGCGUUAUCCUGACGACAGCACGCGAUUAUCCAUAUACUUGGAAAAUAUCGAUAUGGUGAAGAAGAGACUGCCUGUGCAUUCUUUAGAUGGCCUCACAUUAAGCUAUAAGGUACCUUGGCCUGUUGAUAUUGUGAUCAGCUCAGAAUGUCAGAAGAUUUACAACCAAGUAUUCAUAUUGCUGUUGCAAAUUAAAUGGGCCAAGUACAGUCUUGAUGUCCUGAGGUUUGAUGAGCCCGUUAAAGCUUCUGAAAGACCACAAACCAGCCCGGAUGCUGUGUUUGAGAAGGAUUCCAUUUGGUCCUUUGAAACUCUGAAGGUGCCUGUUAAACAGGAAACUCAUAGGAUGUUCCUUCUUCGAGUGAAGCUAAUGCACUUUGUGAACAGCCUGCACAACUACAUAAUGACAAGGAUAUUACACAGCACAGGUUUGGAGUUUCAGCAUCAAAUUGAGGAGGCCAAAGAUUUGGACCAAUUAAUAAAAAUUCAUUACAGAUAUCUGUCCACAAUCUAUGAUCGAUGUCUACUCAGAGAAAAGAUCAGCUUUGUGAAAGAAGCAAUUAUGAAAGUUCUGAAUUUGGUCCUUAUGUUUGCGGAUCGAUGGCAAGCAGGACUAGGUGUUUCAAAAAUCGAGUCCAUUGAAAAGAUGGAGUCCGACUUCAAAAACUGCCACAUGUUCCUGGUAACAGUACUAAACAAAGCUGUUUGUAGAGGAUCAUUUCCUCAUCUGGAGUCGCUGGCAUCAUCUCUAAUGGCAGGAAUGGAACAGAGUUGAGGGGAUCAAUCAUGAAGACUGGACAAAAUCAUGCAUUUCAAAAUCACUGCAUAUCUAUUGAAUUCUAAAGGAAUAUUACUCCUGUCUAGGAACCCCUUUUAUUGAUUGCAGAAUGUGCUGUGACCGGUAUUAACAUCUGCUGCCAGCAGCUGUCAAAGCCAGGAACAUUGGCCAAAAAUCAGCAACUCUACAUAUUUGUAGAAACCAACAUUUCUCUUGCUAUAUAUAACAAAUGAUUCUGCGAUAGAGCAAAUGUUUCCAUGGAGAAUGUUGCAGCUGUAUUUUAAGUUUGAAAGCAACAUUGCAAAUUGAAAGCAGAUGUAUAAUAUGUUUGGAUUGCAUCUUAAGCCAUUAUUUACUUACUGUUAUACCAACAGCCAAGUGAGAAUUUUGUAGUCUCAAUGAGACAAUGUUGAAUUUGUUGGUAUAGUUUUGUUCUCUCCAAUUCAUGCUUCUGAUACAUUUCCUAAGAUACCUACAUGAUCAUAAUGAGCUAUUUUCCCUUCUAAUUACUAUCCAUCGAUCCUUGAGGAAAAUACUGACUGACUUUUCCUUAAUUGCCCAGAGGCGAAAUUUUGUGGAUCUGUGCUUCUCCAUCUUUCCGCCUCCUCAAAAAGAACCUUUACACUGGGAUUUACUGGGCUAUUGGAAGGAGCAACUAUGUUUUACACUUCAUUAUCUGAAACUUUUACUCUGCAAAGCUUUGCUUCCUUAGUUUGACCAAUUGAAUCAAGUCAAUAUAGUUUGUAAGGCUGUGAAAUCAGAAAUUGAGAAAUUGUUUACAAAAGUUAACACAGUUUUACCGAAGCUUGAAAUAAGUUGAGUUAUUUACAUACAUUUUCAGAGUGUACUACUUAGGAUAUCACCUCACCUUUUUUCGUAGAUAUUGGCCAAGUGAAGAACAGAAUUGAGAGGCUCUAGAGCUAAAUAUAGAUGAAAGGAGCCUAACUUGCUUAGGAUCUUAGUAAAUGGAAAAGGAGCUAUAAUGAAGGUUGUAUUCUCUAAUGUAGUUGAACAA